GCAAUCAUCAUAAAGAUGUGAAAACAAAUAUUACUUAUUCUUCAAAUUUAAUAAAAAUUUCAACGCCGGAUAAAAGGUGGGAAUCGAUUGUUAUUCAAGAAAAAGAAGAAUUUACAACUUCUGGGUAUUUUCAACCAGGAGAAAGAGGCCGGCCAUAUUGAAAUCAUCCAACAUGUAGAGCUGCUCGACUCCUAUUUGAGCAUGUCACAGCGUGCUACAGCCGUUUAUACAAACACUCAAAGAUAACUGGUAAUGAUGAUGGAUUUCUUACAACCCUAUUCAGGCUGUGCGCUGACUGGGACGAACACAAUGCAUCAGAAAUGGAAGUUAAAGUUAUGAAAUAUUUAUCAGAAGAUCUUGACUGUGAAAAAUGUUGCUUACUCACUGUAGAAGAUGACCUCAGCAAUUUUGUAUCCCGAGUUAUCGGUAGUGAAAUAUUAGAAGUUGAAUAUUAUACUCCGUUAAAAGGAGGAUUUUUUGGGACCAUGUCAAGAAACCGUCAACCAAGAAUUAUGCAACAGUUUCUUCCUAACGAACAAGACUCUCUUCAAGAACUUUUUAAAACUGCAGUUUCUUCAUUUAUGUGCGUUCCUAUAAUAUCUCAUUCAUCAAAAGAAGUUGUUGCUCUAAUAUGUGCUUGUAAUAAAAGCAAUGGGCAAAGAUUCACUGUGAAUGAUGUUUCAAAUGUUCAAACCUGUCUCCGUUACACGUGGACACUUCUCACAUCUUCUCUGGCACUUCAGAAGGAAAUCAAAGUUAAAGAUGAAUGCCAAGCUAUGCUGCAGAUUGCAAGGAAUUUAUUCAGUCAUUUAGAUGAUGUUACUAUCCUUCUUGGCGAAAUCAUACAAGAAGCUCGGACAUUAACGAACGCUGAACGUUGCUCUGUGUUUCUUGUUAAUAAAGAAACAAAUGAGCUGGUUGCGAAAGUUUUUGACGGUAUUAUAACUGUCGACGAGUCAUUAGAUCCGAGGCAAUAUGACUUUGAGCAAUUCAACGACGAUCGUGAAUUGGGAAUGAAUGAAGUGAGGCUGCCGUUAUCUCAAGGAAUAGCAGGACAUGUCGCAACUACAGGUCAAACCCUCAAUAUUACUGAUGCAUACUCUCAUCCUCUCUUCUACAGAGGAAUCGACGAGGCCACCGGAUUUAAAACAAGGAAUAUUCUCUGUUUUCCUAUUAAAGAUGAUGGAGGAAAUGUUGUUGGUGUUUCACAACUAUGCAAUAAAAUAAAAGGUCAUGCUUUCACUCAAUAUGAUGUAGACCUUGCAGAAAGGUUUGCUGUUUUCUCAGGAAUUUCUAUCUCUCAUUCUCUUCUAUACAAGCAAGUAAUUGAAGUUCAAUGCAGGAAUCAACUAGCAAAUGAGUUAAUGACUUAUCAUAUGAAGAUCCGUCAAGAAGAAGUUGAUCAAUGUUUAAAGUCUCUACCGGAUUCCGCAACAUUUUUUGACCCUGAUUUCAGUAAUUUUGUUUAUUCACCAAGAAUGCUUGAUGAUGAAUUGAAAUGCAUGGCAAGCGUGCAGAUGUAUAUUGAGCUGGACCUGGUCGCUCGUUUCCACAUUUCAACCAAGACCCUCACCAAGUUUAUCAUGAUGGUAAAGGAAGGCUACAGGAACCCACCGUACCAUAACUGGAAUCAUGCUUUCUCUGUUGCUCAUCAUGCUUACCUUAUGGCAAAGAACUUAAAUUUUGGAGAAAUUUUUGGUGAUUUGGAAGUCCUGGCUCUUCUGACGGCAAGUCUAUGUCACGACUUGGACCACAGGGGGACGAACAACGCUUUCCAAGUAUCAUCUGCAUCAACACUUGCUGCUUUAUACAGUUCACAAGGAUCUGUUUUAGAGCAUCACCAUUUCGCUCAAGCAAUGUGCAUUCUCAAUUCUGGAUCAUGCAAUAUCUUUGAAAACAUGAGCAAAGUGGAUUAUGUGAGAGUUCUUGACCUCAUUAAAGACAUCAUACUCGCUACAGACGUCGCUCAUCAUCUUAAAAUCGUUCCAAAACUAGAAGAAAUGGCCGAACGUCGUCUCGAUCCAUCAAAUUGCAACGAAGAAGAGAAAUCUUUGCUGCUAGACCUCAGUAUGACGGCUUGCGAUUUGUCUGAUCAAACUAAGGAUUGGAAGAACACAAAGAAUACUGCGGAACUGAUUUACAAGGAAUUCUUUAGUCAAGGUGAUAUGGAAAAAUCUCGAGGAAUUCUUCCAGCGAUAACUAAUGAUAGAGAGAGAGCUUGCGUUCCUGAAUUGCAGAUAAAUUUUAUGGAACACAUUGCUAGACCUGCAUACAGGAUUCUCUCAGUAAUUUUCCCUCCAUAUACCGAAGCCUACGAUCGUUUUGAUUCAAAUGUAGAACGAUGGAGACUCGUUUGCACAAAGUUUAAAGAACUUGGAUUGCCGAAUACUGGAUUAUUGGACUUUAUAACAGAAGAUUUCGAAAAAGAAUUAUUCUGAGAAAAGUCUCACGCAAUGGGAGGGGGGGAUUCACCGCGAUGUGUGAACAUGUUUUGGUUCUGUUUCAGACAUUAGACAACGGCAGCAUAUGUGUAAUGUGCACCACAGUUGAUAACUAGUGGUAUAUUUGUCGAUUUGAAACUUGAGAAAACGAAGUCGUACGUAAUGUGAUGAAUUCUCGGGGACGCGCAAAUUAUUUGUGUUUUAGACAUAAAAUGACCGCAGCAAUUGUGUAAUGUCUGGUACUCCCGUAGUAUGUGUACCAGGUUAGGGUUAAGACAUAAUUUUAUUUCGUUUUUCCUUAAUUUAGUUUUAUUACGAGUUCGUGAACUGUCUGUGUUAGUCAAGUGAAUAUAUCCCCUGCCUAUAGGUUUCAGUUCCUUUUCACAACUUGAUGUAAAUUGGGCGAACAAAAUUAGUUACCUCCAUAUUUUUACACACACUUCUGGAACGCUGAAUUUUUGUACAGCCCGUCAUGUUAAUGUACCUCACGUAGUGUCAUACAUAUGUUUUCUGAAACGUAGGAUGCUGUUGUUAGUGAGUUCUAUUCAAAAGAGAACCCAUUUCCUAACUUUGGAUCCUCUCACUGGUUGGCAGUUGUCAUAUGCAAUAUACAGACAAGACAAAUUUUCAAAUUAAUGCUGCUAGUUGAUGCUGGAUCAAGCCAAAGAGUUGGAUUGAAUUGAAAUUUGUAAUUAUUGGCGAUUUGAAACCGUGAAAAUUCGUGAAAUCAAAA